AUGGACAUGCAGAAGUCGGAAAUAUUGGCAGAACUGGAGAAGGAGUUUAUCCCUAGCGAGUCCCUGGAGACGAUCGCUGAUAAACUAAAGGAGGAGUUGCAGGAGAGGCUGCAAUGCAGUGCAAACUCGAUGAUCCCGUCGCACCUGCGGAGCGAACCGACCAGCGGCGCGGGCGGCGCGGGCGGCGACCUGCUGCUGGCCAUUGAUUUUGGGGGCAGCAACUUGAAGUUCGUGCUGUUCCAGCAACUGCUCAACGGGACGUACUCUACCAAAUACAUGAAAUCGUUUGCAGUCGAGAACAAGUACGUGGAUUUGAAGUUCUUUGACAGGAUUGUGGAACAGAUAUUGGGGGACGUGGAGGAUUACCUGCACGAGUACCAGACUUGUCGCUCCAACGAGAACCACCGUGUUCUUACCGUCCCCGUUUCUGUGACAUUCUCGUUCCCCCUGGAUACGCACAACUGCGUCUCAGUAAUGGGCAAAAACUUCCAUUUGACGCCGCUCGUCAAGUGCACUCCGUUGGAUAAGAUACUACAAGGUGCGUUCAACACGAGCUGUAUUAAAUUAAAGCUCGACAAGUCGUUCAAGUUCAAGAUCAGCAAGAAUAUAAUAAAUGACUCCAUCGCCGUUCAUCUGACCAACAAGUUUACGCCGAGCGUGGAGCACGAUCAAGAGAGGAAUAUAUCGCUGAUCUUGGGUACGGGACUAAACUCGUGCUUCGAGGUUCCCCACUGUACGCUGCCGAAAUUCAAGAGAAACCCGAAAUACGGAGACGAGGACGGCACACAAAACGUGAUUGUCAACUCUGAGCUUGGGUUUCUUGGCGCUGAUGUGAUUAGGGCGACUCAGUUCGACGUUUUCCCGACGGCCACGCUACCGAUGCCCCUCGAAAGCAUUACCGCGGGGAACGCCUUGCCCUUUGUCCUUAAGAACAUACUGGAAUUCUACAAAAUAUACCCUGAACUGACGAUCAAAUUCAACGGCCAAGUGUUCAUCGAUAUACUGGAGUGCAGGGACCCCAAGCUCGUGUUCAACGGCGUCGAUGUCGAUUUCUUGCGGAAUAUAAUCAAGAUCAUCGUACGGAGAGGGUCAAUAUAUCUGACUGCCGCUUUGAAAGCAGUCGACUCGAUGAUCGGUGGCUGCGAGGGCCCGAUCACCGUCGGGUACACUGGCUCGUUUUUGGCUUACUCCAAGUUUUACCAAGAUCAAAUCAAUCACUACUCGCGUGGCACGAUCAGUCUCGAGUACAUGGAGAACAGUAGUCUGAUCGGCGCAGCCAUUGCAUCGAAAAUAUGA